UGCGUCAUAGACUGUUCUCCCAGUGCGUCAACGUCCAGGGAGUUCCACACCAGCUGUCCACUCCAAUAAAGCUGUCAGUGGUGCCUUUCGGUGGUGUUAUCGUGUGCUGAUCCAUAUAUGACGUUGAUCUACCCGUGGUAGGGCCCGUUAUGGAUUUCCAUGCUGCAGCCUAUGCCCAUUUUCUAUUCUUGGACGACCGAGCAUCCCGUAGACGUCCUCCGUUUUAUCAUCGCGCCCAAAGUCUCGACCAUUUUGAAUAAUACUGACUAACGCUGCCGUGGCUGCGGGUCAUCCUGAAGUUUAUCCGAGCCAUGUGGUUUUGCUGCUAUUCACGUUUCACUUGCGUCUGGGUAUAAACAACAUUACCCUACGCUAGUCUGCAUGAUUUCAUAUACACUCGAGACACUAUCACACGCCAUAUCUUUUCAUCGUGUAGGGUGAAACCCCCUACAUCCCACACCUUUACCCACUGACUAUUCAAACUUCCCCACACCAGCCCCAUGCCGCAGAACCGCCGCGACAGUGAAGCGAGCCAGAGUUCAUUAAUCAGCUACCGGAGUGUCGAGAACCAAAGUCCAGGGACCCCUGAGCAUCAUGCAGAGACACAAGGGACCAAUCCGGAGAACGUCAGCUCGACCAACGUAUCACCGUCUCGGCAUCGGGUCCAUUUCGGGACGGACCUGAGAUACGAAUAUGGUGAUGUUGACACGGAGUCAGAGGGAUCACCCGAAGAGCCACCUCCUGAACGUCGCCGUCGGUCCACGCAGAGAUCUGUGGAUAUCACCGAGGCACGACCAAGGAAACAGUCCAUUUAUCUCAGUCAGCCUCGUGGGACAGAUAGUGUUGAUUUCGAGAAAGAGCUCCUAGCUCAGCCUUCUCAAACUGGUAUCGGCGAUUCCCUGCUAAGCCGAAUUAACCAGCUCAGACAUGCGGCGACAAAGAAGGCGAGAGAAUGCGCGGCUAGGCUGGGCCGUCCACCUUCUGAUGAAGGAGACGUGCGUGCUAUGCAGUACCGUCCUGAUUCGGCGACCGGUAGCGAGCUCACACUUUCUGAGAAGGGGUAUGACCAUCACAGAUCGAGCUCUGAGGCUCAUCGGCUUGUCCGGGAAUUGUCACAGGAUCAAAUGGCAUAUCAUCGGCCCCGACAUAACAAACACUAUCCGCACAAGGGUCCGGAUUACUGGGGUAGUCCUGCUGACGCGUGGAAUGGGGCGGGUAUACGACGCCGUGGGAGUACUGGAGGUGUUUUGUCCCAGCUUCUGAAACUCAACGGAGCUCUGGAUCAUGUACAUAUAGGCGCACCGUCGAACAUAAGUCAGUCUCCUAGAGAGAUCGCGACGCCUCUGAGUGGAAGCCCAUCUGGGACAACUACGCCACGGAAAAUGAAAUGGUAUAAGAAGCCGCCGAAUAUGUCGCCCAACACUCUGGCUGCCACCUCGACGAAUAUCAGUGGGGCGAGCACACCGGUUUCAAGUGAAAUACUCACAGCUGCCUCGAAACGGCGCAGCAAGCACUCGCCGGGGAAUAUGAGGCUCGAGGAUGAAAUCCAAAUUACUCUACAGAUUGCACAGAUUAUCGCGCGCGAGAGGUACAUUAUGCAGCUGUGCAAGGCACUCAUGGUCUUCGGGGCCCCCACGCAUCGCUUAGAGGAGUACAUGCAAAUGACCGCGAAGGUCCUCCAAGUGGAUAGCCAGUACCUCUACGUCCCCGGCUGCAUGAUAAUGUCUUUCGAUGAUCCCUCGACCCGAACCGCCGAAGUCAAACUCGUCCGCGUCUCACAAGGCGUCGACCUAGGCCGUCUCUCCGAAACUCACAAUAUCUACAAAAACGUCAUCCACGACGUUAUAGGCAUUGAGGAAGCAACUCAAGAACUGGAAGACAUCAUGAAACGAAAACCCCGAUACAACAAACUAGUCAUCGUGCUAGUCUGCGGCCUGGCCACCGCCAUGGUCGGCCCAUUCGCCUUCGGCGCCAGACCCAUCGACAUGCCCAUUAUCUUCUGCAACGGCUGUCUGCUCGGCAUCAUGCAGCAUGUCAUCGCGCCACGCUCAGUUCUCUACUCAAACGUCUUCGAAGUAACAGCCGCAGUGCUAACCUCAUUCAUUGCUCGCGCCAUCGGCAGCAUAACAACCACCAUCCACGGCACGCCCAACCAAUACCUCUUCUGCUUUUCCGCCAUCGCCCAAUCCUCCAUCGCCCUCAUCCUCCCAGGGUACACCGUCCUCUGCAGCAGUCUAGAACUACAAUCCCACAAGAUCGUCCCGGGCUCCAUCCGCAUGGUCUACGCAAUUAUCUACUCGCUCUUCCUAGGCUACGGCGUCACAGUUGGCACAACCAUCUACGGGCUCAUCGACUGCUCCGCAACAUCCAACACAACCUGCCCCAACAUCCUCGGCUUCAAAAACCCCUACGUGGCCCGCUUCCCCUUCGUCGUCGCCUUCUCCAUCUGCCUCCUGAUCAUCAACCAGGGGAAAUGGAAACAGGGCCCCGUAAUGGUCAUCAUCGCCUUCACAGGCUACGUGACUAAUUACUUCGUAACCAAGCGUCUCGGCACAAACACCCAGGUCGCCAACACCGUCGGCGCAUUCGCCAUAGGCGUCAUGGGAAACCUGUACAGUCGACUGUGGCACGGACACGCAGCCACCGCCAUUUUACCGGGGAUAUUUGUCCUCGUGCCGUCUGGUCUUGCGGCGUCCGGAUCGUUGAUUGCGGGCGUGGAGUCGGCGGAUGCUAUUCGGUCGAAUGUCACCCGGAAUGCGACUCAUGGGAGUGCUCAGUCUGCUGGGGCGGGACAGCAGAAGUCCGUCCAGGAUCUCGGGUUUGGAAUGGUGCAGGUUGCUAUUGGGAUUACGGUUGGGCUGUUUGUGGCUGCUUUGGUGGUGUAUCCGUUGGGGAAGAGGAGGAGUGGCUUGUUUAGCUUUUAGCUUUCUUGCUUUGGGGUGGGUUUAAAAUAAAAUAGAUAUUCUGGACGUGUCUUGGGAAUGGUCACGUAUGGCUUUACUGUCCUAUUCAAGAGCCAAUAAAAUGCUCCAUUAAAUAAGCUUCUCUAUU